AGUAACGCGUGUUCUUGGUUUUGGUCACUUGUGGACUUUAAUACCUGUUUACAGUUGACUUUAAUGAAGGAAUAUUACACUGUUUUAGUUCAUUACUUGUGAAACGUUUUCAAGACAGAUUUCUACGCAGUUUCGAAGGUUCUCAGUCAGUGUUUGACCAAUCACAAUGAUGGUGACAAGUGUAGGUAACAGAAGACGACUGGCCAUGCUGGGGUUUAUUAUUUUAUCAACUCUGAUAACAGUGUCAGAAAUGACAUCAAACGCUACCACAACUGAUGACACUACAUCAACUACAGCCACCACUAAUGACACUGCGUCAUCAACUGCAGCCACAUCUAAUGAUACUGCGUCAUCAACUGCAGCCACCUCUAAUGACACUGCGUCAUCAACUGCAGCCACAUCUAAUGACACUGCGUCAUCAACUGCAGCCACCACUAAUGACACUGGGUCAUCAACUGCAGCCACAUCUAAUGACACUGCUUCAUCAACUGCAGCCACCACUGACACUGCGUCAUCAACUGCAGCCACCACUAAUGACACUGCGUCAUCAACUGCAGCCACCUCUAAUGAUACUGCGUCAUCAACUUCAGCCACCUCUAAUGACACUGCGAUAUCAACUGCAGCCACCACUAACGACACUGCGUCAUCAACUGCAGCCACCACUAAUGACACUGCGUCAUCAACUGCAGCCACCUCUAAUGACACUGCUUCAUCAACUGCAGCCACCACUGACACUGCGUCAUCAACUGCAGCCACCACUAAUGACACUGCGUCAUCAACUGCAGCCACCUCUAAUGACACUGCGUCAUCAACUGCAGCCACCUCUAAUGACACUGCGCCAUCAACUGCAGCCACCACUAACGACACUGCGUCAUCAACUGCAGCCACCUCUAAUGACACUGCGUCAUCAACUGCAGCCACCACUAAUGACACUGCGUCAUCAACUGCAGCCACCACUAAUGACACUGCGUCAUCAACCGCAGUCACCACUAAUGACACAGCCUCAUCAACCAUAGCCACCACUAAUGACACUGCGUCAUCAACUGCAGCCACCACUAAUGACACGGCGUCAUCAACAGCAGCCACAACGAAUGUCACGCCAUCAAGUAACGACACAGAAUUAACGACUACUAUCACAGACAACACGACAUCAUCGGGAUCAAGUGAAAUAAUUACAUCAUCAACCGAGGUGAUGACGACAACAGUACCCAAAGCGUCUGACGUUACAACAAGAAGACCAAACACUGGGCAAGCACACUUUAAGUUGUCCUUUUCCAUCAAGUUUGACGUAGAUUUCACAAACGAUCUGUCCAAUCCAGGAUCGCCUCUGUUUUUAAAUUAUUCAAGAACACUGCAACUAGAACUCACAAAAGUCUACCAAAGUACGCCGGGCUUUAAAUAUCUGUAUGUUACCGGAUUUAGAGAAGGGAGCAUCAUUGGAGCCUAUAACGUGUUAACUCAACUACGUACCGACCAAGGCAACAGGGACGAUAUUAUUAACUACAUCAAUAACACUGUUACUAAAGCUUUGACAUCUAUCAAGCUAAACGAAUCUCAGGCUGAUACGGCGUAUCUGAAUGAAGAAAUGGCCAAAGAUCUCAUUAAAGCUAAAGAAACUCUUAGUGACGUCUGCAAGGCUGAAAAUCUUUGUACCAUCAACGAGCAGUGCAGGUUUGGAGACAAUACAGUCUGGUGUGAACCGAAAUGCAGAAACGACCGCUGUGACAAUGGCGACUGUUACGUCAUCGCAAAUGGUUCGACGUCAUGCAGAUGUAAGACAAGUGACAAGUAUGUGUACAGCGGUGACAGGUGUGAGAUACGCGGUGAGAAACUUCUCCUCACGUCUGAGGAAAUCAUCGCCAUUGCUGUAGGAACUGGAGGAGGAAUCAUCCUUCUGCUGGUGAUCGCGCUAAUCUGUUUGUACUGCAGAAGUCGGGGGAAAGCAGACGACAUAUUCGCCGAGAAUAAAUCUGAAUAUUUUCGGCCAAUUUCAAUUUCCGCCGAUAAAUCGAGUUACCAAGAGAACGAUGAAGGGCGACCUUUUUCCAUGGCAAUGUCGGGAUAUAACGACAACUCACCAGUGAAAGGUGGCACCACAUUCGGCGGCCCAGUGACAAACCGCGGCGCUGACAGCGAGUGGACUAGUAAAGACGCAGAUACACCACGUGACACACCACGUGAUGUUGAACAUGGGACAGGAAAGUCUGAAACGUAUGACAGUCUUCUCCUGGAAAACCCAGCAGCUGAUAAAAAAUCUGUGUAUGAAUUGAUCAACACAGAGACCACAUUCACCAUCAAAAGACCCGAUGUUCACAACUGAAUCUCAAGAGACAUAUUAUAUUGAUGGGGGUGGGGUGGGGGACACACGUGGUAUUUGAGACCUAAUAUAAUUUACUGCUAGAGUAGUUUUAAAAAAAGAAAAGAAAUGUGAGGUGGCAUUGAAUGUCUGACAGUUGUGUGGGACUGACUGCCAGGAACAAGGUUAAAUUCCUGAUGCUGUGAAUGAAGAUUGCAGACAGUAUUUACCGUCACUAUUAAUGUGUUCCCUCAUUUCUGUCCAUCAGUAUACUUCGCGAUUGAUAUAUGAUGAAAAUUAUACAAUGGGCGGGGGAAUCAAGUAUUAUGUAAUACCGUGUUGUCAAACUUAGACACACACACACACACACACACACGCACACACACACCCGCCCUUUUCUCCGUAAUACUAGACUAUACACGGUACACCCCCAAAAUACUUGGAGACACUCCAUCCUCAAUACCUACCCACCCCCUGUCAGGCCCGUAGGAACGAUUUGGGAGUGUGGGGGGGAGGGGGGGUAACACUGACGGGUUGGGUACAAACUCUAUAUCAGAUUUUGGUUACAAUGGCAAACAUUAAUGUUAAUGUGCCCCGCUCCCCCGGUUCCUACGGGCCUGCCUAUAUAACGCAAUAUAUCAUUUGACCUAUAUCCCCCCCCCCCCCCCCCCCCCACUUAUUGAGUAUUACGUAAUACAUGAAUAGCCUCAUAUGCACACCAGCUCCUUUUUGCAUUCGACCAAUCAGGGGGCGGGAUUUAGCUCAGGCGGUUGAAUGCUCGUUUGAGGUGCCUGCGUCGCAGGAUCGAACCACCUCUGUGGAUCCAUUCAACUAAUUGGGGGUUUUCUCGUUCCGACC